AUGUCAAAUCAAGCAAGAGCACGUCGCAUUGCAGUAUUAGGAACAAGAGCAGUUGGCAAGUCUUCGCUUGUUAUCCAAUUUUGUGAAAAUCAUUUUGUUGACAGCUAUUAUCCUACAAUUGAGAACACGUUUACCAAGACAAUCAAAUACCGUGGCAUAGAGUAUAAUGUGGAGAUUAUGGACACAGCUGGUCAAGAUGAAUAUUCUAUCCUUUCUUCCCAUCAUGCCUCUAGUAUGAAUGGGUAUGUAUUGGUGUAUUCUAUUUCUUCAAAAUCUAGUUUUGAUAUGAUCAAGAUUAUCAGAGACAAGAUUUUAGAUUUCACUGGUUUAGAGACUGUUCCUUGUGUGAUUGUAGGUAAUAAAUCAGAUUUGAAUAUGCAGAGACAAGUAUCUACACAGGAAGGACAAGAACUAGCACAACAAUGGAAUUGUCCCUUUGUUGAAACAUCUGCUAAAUUAGAUGAGAAUGUUUCCAAGAUCUUUGAUUCCAUUAUUGCUCAUAUUGAAAAAGUCAAUAAUCCACCUUCUGAUGGAAAAGAUAGUGGUUGUCUUGUCAUGUAA